GACAGUAGCGGGACUCUUGAGACGAACGCUUACGACAAAAGAAACGAAGAAGAAGAUCCUACGGUAACGAUGAAGCUACAUUUUAGCUAGUCGUUAGCAUAGUUAUAUUCUGGCUGUUCUAACCGGAUGGAUGAUAAAAACACCUGGUUGUUUUAAGGUUGUAACUGAAGAUGUAGCCAUCAAGGUGGGACGUCUCCACUCCUUCUGUCCUAGAUAAGCGGCCCCUUCCUCAGCCCUGGAGCCCCUAACCGGGGCUGCUCUGCUGCCUUCCGGCUGUCUGUCCUCAGAGGAAGGCCCCUCUGCACUCAGCCAUGCUGUUCUCCUUGAGGGAGCUGGUUCAGUGGCUGGGCUUUGCCACCUUUGAACUCUUUCUUCACCUGCUUGCUUUACUGGUCUUCAGCAUGAUGGUCGCCCUGAAAGUGGACCUGUCGAGCCUCCAUCUGAGCUGGUGGCUGGUUUUUGUCCCUCUGUUCGCUGCAGACGGCCUCAGCACCUACUUUACCGCCAUCGUGUCCAUUCGGCUUUACCAGGAGAACGAGAAGCGGCUGGCGGUGCUGCGGCUCCUCUGGGUGCUGACAGUGCUCAGCCUGAAGCUGGUGUGCGAGGUUCUCCUGUGCCAGAAGCUGGACGAUCAAGACCAAGCCAGAGACCUGUGGUAUGGCCUCAUCGUUUCACCGCUCUUCAUCCUGCUGCAGCUGCUGAUGAUACGAGCGUGCCGGGUUAACUGAGCAGAGGAGGUUUCAUGAAGCAGCUUUCACAUCAGUGAUCUCUGUCUGCCAUUAGAGAUUUAAACAAUUACAACAGAUUUUCCUUUUCUGUCUCAUUCCCACCUGUACAAUAUAAGAGUUUUAUGUUCUGGGCAACGCUAUGAUCUCCUUUUACAAUCAAGAGUUUUUCAAAGCUGUAAGAUCAAUACUUUAGUUAUCAUUACACUGGUUAUUGUUGCAGUUUUUGUCUGUGUUUUUCUUUUUUUUUUUUUUUUUUAGAGAAACACUAAGUUAUUGCAGGACCCUUUUGAGGACAGGCUGUCACUCCGAUGUGGAUUUGGAGCAUAUUAGUGCCUCUACUUUGUGCAAUCAACAGUAAACAAUGAGCCAUAAAGAAAAAUAUACAUUUAAUAAACAAGUAUUACAGUACUGUGUAGAUGUUUUAAACCAGACCUCAUUUCUGUAUUUUUUUCUUUAAAACAGCCAAACUUUCUUUAGAGCUUUUCACAGGAUUUCCGAAGGUUUUCAACGUAAAUGUUGUUUGAAUAUCGGCCGCUUUAGUCCGUACAAAGCCAACUUUUAGGAGAAUUGUUUAUUUUCUAAGACCUAAUCUCAUAACGAAGAAUAUGUUGGAGUUUUAGGCUUCCUAUUAAUGGCAACCUGUCGUGAAGAUAAUUAGUUCUUUGAUUAGUUCGAGUCUAUAAUAAAAAUACAGAAAAAGAAAAGGGUUAAAAAAUAGUGAUUUAAAUCUUAGUUAAGGGAGUGGCAUGCAUGAAAAGGACCAUCAGCUGAUUAUGGGUUGUCCAUACGAAACUGAAAAGUUCAAAUGCUUUCUCAAAAACUCGCUCAACCUCAGAUUUUUCUACAGAAAUGUGUUCUUUACUCAGUUUCUUGUCCACUGAUCUGAUAAAUUACUACUAAGUCUUGUUGUUUUGAAGCAAACGUUUAAGGAACAGAGCGAUGGCUCAAGACUUGUGCACAGUGCUGUAUGUUUAAUGUUUAACAAGCAUGUCAGUUUACCACAUUUGUGAAACGUGACAUCCGAGGACACUCUUGGGAUUGAGAUCCUGAGAAACUGCUCUACCCUCCCCAGAGGGACGUUGCUCGCUGGUAAACGGUGCAUUAUUUGGUGUCUGUUGCUGAAAGUGUUGCCCAGACACCACACAGCUUGCUCCCCCCACCAUUAGAAUGGUUUGUGGUGAAAUCCACACGCAGUAGAUCCUCUGCACACAUUUUCUCUAACGAAUUGCUGAUUAUUUUCACCGUGUAACGUGUUUGUUCGGUUUGUUUACCUUGUAAAUGUGCUGCAUGUAUUUAUUGCCUCAUUAAUUUAUCUCCUGCUGUAACAUUCUGUCAUUAUGUUGAAUUUGGAUGGAAGUUUUUAUUUGUAUUUGUUUGUGUGGAUAUUUGUCAUCUUCGUGUAAAUAAAAUCUGCCUUAUGAGUAAUUUGACAAUGAAGCUGG